AUGGCUUUGUUUGUUACCGUCGGCUCAACAGGUUUUGAUGAACUGAUUCGCGAAACGACAUCUCCAGCAUUCCUUGACCUCGCAUAUGAGAUCGGAUUAAAAGCAAUUGUUUAUCAAUAUGGCUCAUCUAGAGAAGCAUUUAAUGACAAUAUAGCAUGUUACGAAGGAAAAUUAAUAGACAUUGUUGGUUAUGACUAUAAACCUUCGAUCACUGAAGAUAUGGAAAAGUCGGAUAUAGUUAUAAGUCAUGCAGGCGCUGGAACAAUACUGCAGGCACUACGACUGAAACAUACAAAGCUCAUAAUGGUUGUGAAUGCAUCGUUAAUGAACAAUCAUCAACUUGAACUUGCUGAAGCGAUAGAAUCUCAACGGUACGCUGUUUUAAGCGAGCCGAGAGAUCUGUUAAAAACGUUAAAGCACGUAAACAGUAUGAAUUUCACCCCUUUCAAUGAUGCAGAGCCUGAUAUUUUCGCGUCUAUUGUGGACCAGCAAAUGGGAUUUGAUUGA